AUGCUAGUGACCUAUCUGGAAGUCAGCCGGGACCUUUGCGAGACGGACUCAAUUCUUUUUGGCGCCACACUGGCAGUAUGCCGUAUUAUUAGCGCCAAACUUCCCAUGGCUGGACGUGCUACUCAAAAAAGUGGCGCCAUCCCGGCCUGGAGAAGAAGAAUCGAGGACAGUAUUGCAAAGGCAAGGGCCCUUAUUGGCAGACUGACAAGCUUCAGGUCGGGUAAUAAUAGCCCGAGAGUUGUGCGCACCGUUAGAAUGGCGUUUGCUGGGACAAAUAUUAGUUUGUCACAGCCGGAUAUCACGCAGAAACUAACGGAGCGCAUAGAUGGACUGAAGCAAAAAAUCGCUGCUUGGGGGAAGCAGAUUCGACGAUUCAGCGAGAGGUCAAGGCGGUUCAACCAGAAUCGUCUCUUCCAGAGUGAUCAGAAGAGACUCUAUAAAUCAUUGGAGUGA